GGACACAACAAAAAUCGCUAUCGCGGCGCGAGUGUGCUCUGAGAAGCAGGUGCGCGGUAGAUCGAAGCGGCUCGGAGCCUGACGCCGGCCGCCAUGGCAGGAGGAGGCGGAGAUGCAGGAGGAGGGGAUUCGCUGCCUCGCAGGGCGUGGAAGCAGUACCUGCUCCAGCUGCAGCUCCACCCUCUCCGCACCAAGAUGAUCACGGCGGGGUGCCUCGCCGGCGUCAGUGACUCCGUCGCGCAGAAGCUCUCCGGGUACCAGUCGAUCGAGAAGCGCCGCCUCCUGCUCAAGAUGAUGUUUGGAUUCGCGCAUGGAGGCCCAUUUGGGCAUUUCCUGCAUAAAUUGUUGGAUUAUAUCUUUAAAGGAAAGAAGGAUACCAGAACUGUUGCUAAGAAGGUGUUGCUGGAGCAGAUCACCUCCUCUCCGUGGAACAACCUACUCUUCUUAUUCUAUUAUGGAUAUGUUGUCGAGAAGAGGCCUUUCAAGGAGGUGAAGGCUAGGGUCAGGAAACAAUAUCCUUCAGUGCAGUUGUCUGCUUGGAUGUUUUGGCCAAUAGUUGGCUGGAUAAACCAUCAGUACGUGCCACUCCAGUUCCGGGUUAUUGUCCACAGCUUCGUCGCAUGUUGUUGGGGGAUAUUUCUCAACCUCCGCGCCAGGGCAGCUUCUUUGAAGCAGUCAUAGACUGGUUUAGAAGCAAGAUUGUGGCUCGGCUCCGACAUGGAGUAACAACGAUGCUAAGCUUGAUAUUGUGUACUGCUGGUAGUUCAGUGUAUUUAAGUUGUUUGAGGAUUUAGAAUAUUUCUCUAGAGUUUAGAUUGUUCGUUGCUUCCUGAUGAUGCGAGGCUGCUUAUCAGGGUACUCUGUUAUUCAUGCUCUGGAAAAAAGAGUGCUCUGCUAUUGCCACAUAAGCUCUGUGAUACUGAUGGAACAAAAUUAUAUUAGCCAAGCUUAUAUUUGGCCUGCCUUUCAA